UUACGUUCUUCCACCAGUAUUUGUCAACAAACCCGAUAAGUCGUAUUUAGAAUAGUAUUUUCAGAACCAUGCAGCAACGUGAAGAGAAACAGCUGGAGGCAUCAGUGGAAUCGCUCAUUUCACGGGUUGCACAUCUGAAAAAUUCUCUUCAUGGCUUCAUUUACAAAUUGGAGAAUGAGUACGACAGACUUACAUGGCCUUCAGUGCUGGACAACUUUGCCCUUUUGUCUGGUCAGCUGAACACCAUCAAUAAGCUCCUAAAGAACGAGAAGACUCCGUCUUUCCGGAACCAAAUCAUAAUCCCCUUGCUGUUGUCUCCAGAAAGGGACGAAGAGCUUGCAAGACUGACAGAGCAGCGAGUGCCUGUGUUCAGUCAUGAGAUUGUUCCGGAUCACCUGAGGACUAAGCCCGACCCUGAGGUGGAAGAGCAGGAGAAGCAGCUCAGUGCUGAAGCUGCACGUAUAGGCCCUGAGGUCGCCCAGAAACAGAUCCAGACUUUGAAUAAGCUUUGUUCUAACCUGCUAGAGAAACUCAACAACCCGCGAGAUGACAGGGAGUCAGAAAGUGCAGCUAUACGACAGAACAAACCAUCUUUUAACCCUGCUGACACCAAUGCACUAGUGGGAGCUGUAGGGUAUGGGAAAGGCUUGUCUAAGUGUAGACCUCCAGGAUCUGUGGCCCCUGGUCACCCAGGACAGCCCAUGAUGACAGGGGGUCCAACCCUGCAGCAGGUCACUAUUGGUGGGGCCCAAGGACACCAGGCUGGCAUGGCCCCUGUGGCCCAACAGCAAGCUGGACAACCUGGAAAAAUGCCAAGUAACAUCAAGACAAAUAUCAAGUCUGCCUCAGCAUCAAUGCAUCCCUACAACAGAUGAAAUGUAUAUGUUGG